AUGUAUUUGUCAUGCUAUUUCGUAUUGUUUGUUUUGCCGUUGCACGUCGCGCAAAUAACGGUAUCAAAUGAAGGCGAUGAGGCAAUAAAAGCAGCGAUAAGAAAUGGUGAUAAAAUAAGGAAUAUGGCUGAUGACCGGAAAGUAAACGAAAAGUGGUACAAAUGUGAAGUAUGCGAUAAGCAAUUCAGAUGUUCAAGCAAUUUGAAACACCAUAAGGUGGUACAUACCGGUGAAAGAAAUUACGUAUGUAAGACGUUCCAGCGAACUGAAGAGACACCAAAUGACGCACGGGAACGAACGACCAUUCGGAUUUUACGUGUGCAGUGA